AUUUUAAUGCGAUCAUCUUUUGUCAUUCCAAAGGCCAGCCUAUCAAAGUUCUGGCUCACUGGUAUUAAAUAAAAGUCCUUUCGAACUACUUGCACCAUUCAAAGUAGAGUGUGUGUUUGUCGUGCCUUCAUGUGGAUGUUUUCUCUUUUAUGGGGUCAGAGCGAUAUAUCAAAGUCCUGGACAUGCUGGAUAAGUUAUUUGCAUUGUUAAUGGUAGAACUCUCCACCUUGAUACUGAGAGGAGAAUCUCUGAUUGGAAGAUGAUGAAGUAAUCCGUGGGUAGUCUCUUCUCCAUCAGCAAACAUGUACAAGAAAAAUGAGCGUAAGUCUAUUCUGCGACACAAAGGAAGGUCAGAAGCGGGAUCAGAAGGUAUGAUGAACAUCACUGCAUCGAGCAGCGAUUCCGAUCUAAACAUCAACGAUAUGACGUAUGGCGACCAUGACGAUGCAAACCCUCCUGUCGGAGUCGGCUCGAUAAGCCAGUCGAAACAGGUUUCAUCGUCAAAUCCUCUUCAUGGAAAUGGCGUGAAUGAAGUCUUCGAUGAUGACGUAUCGACUGUUGAUACGCUCACGAGCGCUUCUGGGAUGCAGUUAAAGUUGUCCACCCGGAGAGUGAAAGUGGAAGCUUCACACGACGUGAUCCCUCUUAACGAUUUCGACACCGUGUCAGAUCAUCCCCAACCGCCUUCGGACAACCUGCCGAAGAAGACAAUCAGAUUCUCAAACUUGGACACCAAGGACCUUUUGGUCAAGAAGCGCCGCGACUCCAAAUCUUUCAAACGGCAGAUGAUUCUAAACCAAGAAAUGGAAACCAGGGGCAGGAAGAUUUCGCGAUUCGAUCUUAUGAAAAGAAAUCGAAUGUCGAUUAGUUUCAUUGGAAAUGGAUCGCUCCUUGAUACAAAUCAAGACAGGUUUGACACAUCUGAGGUGAAUGAAGGGUUUGAUGAUAUCGAUGGUCCUACUGAUUCUCGUACUAUCGACUACGAUGACAUAGAGAAGGUCAAGAAGACUAAAGAUGGAUUCUUGAAGGAUGUUAAGUCAAAGAUCCAGAAAACAACGAAGAACAACAGGUUGAAUAGAGUCUACUCACCCGCUCUCAUAGUUAACUUGACUGAGGCAAUACGGGAUGAUGAUCUCUUUGAUGUACUGAACAUUCUAGACCAAAACAGCUAUUUCAGUUUGAAUAAACUGGACAAGAAUAAUCUCUCUCUUUUACAUCAUGCUGCUAUUCAUAAUCGAGAUAUCAUUGCACGGGAGUUACUUAAGAGAGGCGCAUGCGUCGAUGUUAUUGAGCUCCACGUCAAGGCGACCCCGCUCCAUGCUGCUGCUCGUAUGAACAGUGCCGACGUCGCCCACGUACUCCUAGCACGAUGCGCUGAUGUCAAUAAAAGAACCACCGGUGGUAUGACACCGCUCCACAUCAGUGCGAGGAGAGGACAUGUUGAAGUCACACGGGUUCUGCUACGACUAGGCAAGGCGGACGUGUUUGCGUUAGACAAGGAUUACUGCACUCCUUUGCACUUAGCCGCUGUCAAAGGGAGUAUGGGAGUUUGCAAGUUACUCGUUGACCAUGGGGCCGAUAUCAGAGCCAAAGAUGGUGGUUCCCACACUCCUUUGAUGAAGGCGGUGAUGAAUGGUCAUAAGGGGCUCAUAGACUUAUUCUUGGAGAAGGCCCGCAAUACAGACAUUCCCGUAUCAAGCUAUCUGAUGGAUGAAGAUAAUGAGAGCAAUACACCUUUACAUCUGGCUGUGUUGAAACGAAAAACAGAGGUCAUCCAACGUCUAUUCGAUGAGGGUGUCGACGUGAACGUUAGAAAGAAGAAUGGGAUGACGCCAAUCCACAUUGCGGCAAUGAACGGAGCUACGACCACGGUUAUUCAGCUGAUCGAAAACGGAGCCGACAUCGACAUGAAGGAUGCUGAAGGGAUGACACCAUUGCAUAGGGCUGCUGUAUACAACCGCGUGGAGUCGAUGGCUCUACUCAUCCACGAGGGCGCCAUUAUUGAUGAUAUGGAUGAUAACGGUUUUACCCCAUUACUCUGCGCAGCGUGGAAGGGCCACGUACCUGCUGGUGAACUGCUUCUGACUCGGGGAGCAAAUGUCCACGUCUUUGACGUGCAUCACAAAUCUCCCUUGCAUUGGGCCGCUGAGAUGGACCACCUGGGUUUCCUCGAGUUCCUUCUCAAACAUGGAGGAUACGACCUCAGGAAUGAAAUCGAUGAAAACGAUCAGACGGCUCUCCACUAUGCCGCUGAGUCGGGAAAUGUUGACAUGAUAAAACUAUUGAUAAGGUACGAGGCUGAGGGUGAUGUACGCGAUGUCCUCUCCAAAACACCAGUGCACAUUGCAUCUCAAGCGGGAUUCGUAAAUUGUGUGGAGCAGUUAUUGAACCACACCCCAAUGCUCUUGAACGAGGAUGACUGCGAUGGAAUGACACCAUUGUUAACAAGCUGCUUCUACGGUCGUCAUGAAAUGGUUCGAAAACUCCUCAAAAUGGGUGCCGACAUCUCCAAUGUAAACGAUGAGAAUCGGACAGCGCUGAUGCUAGCGGCAAUGAACGACCACGUAGAAACAAUGAGUAUCCUCAUCGAACACAACUGCGACAUCCAUGCCAUUGAUAAAGAUAGGAAUACUGCUCUUCACGUGUGUUGUGACGCUGGUCAUAUAGCAGCAGCUAACUUGUUAAUCCGAGCUGGAGCUGACCAAUCAGUAUCGAACAACGAAGGUUUCACCCCUCUUGAGCUAGCCAUUGAGAGAGAACAGGGAGAGAUUGCUGCGGCUAUCAUCAAAAGCAAAGACUGGAGGAUUGCGAUGCAGAGUCGGGACGAAAUGAUGACCUCGCCCAUGAAGGCCCUGAUCGAAAAGCUCCCCGACGUCGCGCUCCUCGUCAUGGACCGAUGCGUCCAUAAGACAUACAAGAAUACACAGAAUUCAUCGUAUUGUGUGAAGUAUGAAUAUCAGUACGUUGAUCCAGGGCCAGACGACGAGUCAACGAAAGUAAACGAGUAUCGAUACUUUGCUAUUAGGACGAUGUGCCAGUUUGGACGAGAGAAGCUACUUGCCCAUGAGCUAUCGCAAAGUAUCCUCAAGAGAAAAUGGAAUCGAUUUGGGCGAUUAUUCUACUACAUGGACCUUCUCUUCUAUAUCAUGUUCUUGGUAUCGAUGACCCUCUACACCGGUCUAUAUCCAUCUUGGGCUGAUCAAUACCGUAUACACCCUCCUUCUGAUCCCACUGUACCCCCAACUAACCCAUCGUCAACCACGCCAGGGCCGGUGGAUUCAUCAUCAGUAGGGACGUCGGAGUCUUACCCUGCCUGCCCCUACUUUAAUCUCACGGAACAUCCGUUUCUCGCCAAUUACUUUUACUACUACGCACCCACGGAUUCGUUCUACUUCGUCAACAAAACACCAGCAAUCAUAUCCUACAUUGUAUUGACUUACUGUGUAACCGUUGUCCUAGGGGAACUCGGUGAAAUCUACGUCGUGCGACUGAAGUACUUUUCGGAUUUCACGAACGCGAUAGACUGGGUAAACCUUGGUACUGCUACGAUCUUCGUGUACCCACCCGGAAAGCUUCUCUGCUCCUAUAACUGGAUUUCUGGAGUCAUUGCCAUUUUCUUCUCUUGGAUCAAAUUCAUAUUGUACUUCAAAGGGUUUAAAACUACUGGGCUGUAUGUACUUAUGUUCAUGGAAACUCUAUCGUCAUUGCUGAAGGCCAUGUCCGUGUACAUCAUGUUUGUGGUAUCUUUCUCUGUCACCUUCGAAAUCUGCCUCAGGAAAAUAUACCGAUUUUCCGACAAUACAUAUUCAUUCCUGAGCGUGAUCACGAUGAUGCUGGGCGAGUUUAACAAGGACGAUAUUUUCAACGAAGAUGUUUCUCUCAAACCUUACGGUGUCACAGUCUACAUCCUCUUCCUCGCUUUCCUAUUCCUCAUGCCUAUGGUUCUCAAUAAUCUCACGAUUGGUAUUGCAGUUGGAGAUAUUGAUGAGAUUCAGAAGAAGGCAUUUAUCAAGAGGAAUUCAAUUCAGGCUGACUAUGUAUAUCAUCUUGAAGGAAAGUUUCCUCUCUGGCUUCAGAGAUUGCUCUAUCAACCUGAGUUCAUGAUCAAAGUCACAAAGAACAAAGUGCGGUUCCUACAAUGGUUCUUUCCUAAAGAAGAUGCCGCAUUUGUUGAAACGGAUGAGAAGUCAGCGCCCCGAAAUGCAGAACAUGUCUUAGACGAACUUCGAAAGCAUAAAGCAAUGAUGUCAACUUUGAAACUGUUGAUCAAGCAACAAGGUGACAUCCUACGACGGGUAGCUGACAAAGAGGGCGUCCUUGCCAAGUCACAGGAUUUCGAUACUCUUGAAGAACUCUACGAUGAUCCACCUGAUGACCAGGAUGAUGGAGAUAAUCCUACAUCAUCGGUCGUAUAGUAGGGAGAGAUAGAAGGAUAGAAUGAAAGAGAUAGAUCGAAACAAGUUCUAUCUAUUUGAAAUAUCAGAAACAAGACUUAAUAUUUCACUUGAAUGUUUCCUCGUUCUUAAAUUGCCCAAAAGAAGCGGAUUAACUUUACUAAAUUGAGCUAAGUCUACUUUGAUAAGAGUAACGUUCACUUGUAAUAGCACUCCUAUUCGUCGAGUUCUGGUGCUAAGAUAUUAAUGUUACCCCUAAUAAAGCCAAGAUGCCACUCGCCGAAAUAACGAAUGUUAACAUAAUUAAACAAACUGGUUGCCAAUUUACUUUACUGAGGUGACAUGGUUUGAGUUAACCAAUUCAUCUCAUUUCUCCCAUGGAUGCACCUGUUAAUCUGUAAUUAUUGUUUUGAUAGCAUAUUUUACUGUAAACGUCUCAUCCUGCACUCUUAUUAUUCUCGGGUGGCAAAUGCGGCGGAGUCUGUGGAACCUUUCAUUUUGAUUUGAAAAUUCUUAAGAAAUCUUUAUCCUGGAACCACUGACUCCUUCAGCGGCAGCUACCAUGGUAUAGCCUUGAAAAAAAAAUCAGAAUUUAGAAUCAAAUAAAGGUACCAUAACGAGCAAAAUUACGAUCAGUCGUACUUUUGUGCAUCGAGAAAUUUAUUCUAUUCUAUUUGUGGUAACUCCCGUAGGAACUCGGCAGGACAGCAUUUUGCUGGUAAACGCCAAGAUGGUAUAUAACCAAUUACCUAUGAAACAUUUUACGUCUAGGUUAAUCAGUCAUAGUGGCUGACGUUAUAGACGACAGAUAUCACUCUCGGGCCUUUUUAUCAAAGUGGAGACAAUGGCAGUGUUGGGAUUCGAACUCACAACCUUGCGAUUAUGAGGCCAAUGCUCUAACCACUGGACCACACGACCCGUGUGGUCCAGUGGUUAGUUAUCAUAUAAACAAUCAAUUUAAACAAGCCUAAAAAAGGUCCAUGGUCAAAAUGUCCAAUGUAUCAGCGAAUUUGUCCGACCACAAAAAAGGGGAGAAAAUGGUAAAAUCAACCAUAAUUCCUUUACAUUUCAACUAAUGAUAAUGAUAAUGAUGGCAGUUGAAUUUUACAUUAAUCUUUACCAAUAUUGUUUGUCGGGGUCGUAUUUAUCCGUCACAGCAGUUAUGCAUGGGAACUGCGGUAAUGAUUUGGGGACGGAUACUAAAUUGAGCUAUAAUAUUUUAGAAUGUUCAUACGUGUCAUUAUUGUUCGAUUUGCAUAAAUCUCGCUUGAAAAUCAAAAUCGUUAUUCUUAUCAUUGCCAUGGUUAUUAUUGAUAUGUUUUAAAUGUUACAGUUAUUUUCAGACAUCAAAGAACAUUUAGAUUUCAAUCAAUUGUUCAAAAUACUUGUUCUAAGCACUAUUAGUAUAUGGUACUUUUAAAGAAUAGGUUUAAACAUGAUAACAGAAAUAGGUAUCUAUUUAAAUCUUAGAAGACUUAUUUUUUAAUUAUUUUUAAAGUGACAAUAUAAAUUAAAAAGCCUUGAUUAUACAUAAUGCAAUGUAGACCUACUUAUAUUUCAAAAAUUUUACUGCCCGACAGCUCUUUUUGUCACCAACUGGGCAUUGGCAUGAUUGGUGAAGUGCUUCAUAACUUUGCAACAUUCUUUUUUAAUAAUUCUCCUCAUAUUUGAAUCCUGCUGACUUCGCACACAAUGUGUAAACUGAGCCUUGUUGUUGAGAUUACUGAACGAGCCUCUAUUGAACACAUACUUGUGCACUACUAUUUAACAAAUUAUGUAUUCACAAAUGAAUACUUCAUGCAAACUUCAACUGUUUUUGCAGUCGACGAAGUUGUUUGUAUUAUAUUCUUGCUUAAGUCUAUGUACUCAUAUUGCACAUCGAAUGUUGAUAGAAUAUAUAGCACAAGUUUAUGGAAAAAAUAAGACACGGCCUAUGCUUUUUAUGACUUUACGUGAAGGGUAAUAAGUAUUCUUGCAAUUUUACAGAGUUUUCGGACAUAUUCUCCUUUCAAUGUUUGCACUUUGCACAAAAGACUGUAUCAUUCACUUUAUGAUGUCUUUGUUAUUUCAAUUUCAAAAGGAACAUUUACUGCAGUUAAAGUGGGUUAUCAUGUACAUAUUCAUCACGUGAAAACGAGCUCAUGUCAGUUUUAAACUCAGUACUAUUUAUCACAUGUUAACAAAAUGUAUUGCAUAUUUAUGUAGAUGAAAUUGCCGGUGAAAUGUGGAAUCUAAUAAACAGUACUCUUUCCAUCGA